UAUUCAUUUCCAUUUUCUCUCUGCCUUGUAGUUCUCCUCCUCCUCCUUCCUUUUCAACUUACCAAAAAUUUUAAUGUAUUUUUCAGUUCUGUAAUUGAAGUUUACAGCUGAUAUUUUUGGGAUUGAAGAGAAUUGAUUGGCUAAACUGUGGGCUAUUUCCUGAGUGGUAAAAAAUUGAUAAUUUUGGCUCAAAAAGUAGCGGAAUAUUGAUUAUUUCUGCAGUAAUGACUGUACAGGAUCAAAGCAACUCUGACACGAUCCUUCCCAGCGGGAGUAGGACUUCACUUGAUGUUGGAGCUCCUGCAGAUGAAUAUGCUCCUAAGAUAAGAAAACCAUACACCAUUUCAAAACAAAGGGAGAGGUGGUCAGAUGAAGAGCAUAGAAAGUUCCUUGAAGCUUUAAAGCUGCAUGGCAGGGCAUGGCGACGUAUAGAAGAGCAUGUGGGCACCAAAACUGCAGUUCAGAUCAGAAGCCAUGCUCAGAAGUUUUUCUCAAAGGUUGUUCGGGAAUCGAAUAAUGGUGAUGUAAGCUCUGUGAAACCCAUUGAGAUCCCUCCUCCUCGGCCUAAAAGAAAGCCAAUGCACCCUUAUCCACGUAAAUUGGCAAUUCCAGUUAAAAGUGGAACCCUAGCUCCAGAAAAAUCGAAGAGGUCUGCAUCACCAAAUCUCUGUCUGUCUGAAACAGAGAAUCAGUCUCCUACGUCUGUGUUGUCAGCCCUUGGUUCAGAUGCAUUUGGCACGGUAGAUUCCAGUAAGCCAAGUGAAAGCCCAUCACCUGUUUCAUCAGCUGUUUCUGAGAAUUGUGGUGAUCUUGUACUCUCCGAACAAUCAGAUUUCAAUCUAGAGAAGAGAAGAUCUUCACCUGCCCAAGCAUAUGCUAGUUCAACUCUAGACAACCAGGCCUGCGUGAAACUGGAGUUGUUUCCGGAAGACAAUGAUUUUGUGAAAGAAGCCUCAGUUGAGGCAUCGUCCACUCAUAGUCUGAAGCUAUUUGGUAAAACCGUAUUUGUCACUAAUUCUUGUGUACUUUCCUCUCCAACGUCUGGCCAAAUAUUGUUGGCAGAUGUCAAUGAUGAACCAGCAUCACGAACGUUGUCUCAGAGCUCCUUCCCUAUGAAAAUUUCACCCUCAGAUUCAGAAUGUGCCCCAAGUACUGUAACUAUGUAUCACGCGCCAGCAAAUGGAAGUCCAAGACCUAACAAAAGUGUGUCUUGCCAUCUGUUGUCGUGGGGAUCAUCAUACGUAUCUGCUGCAUUUUCUUGCACUCAGGUGCAUAGCCCAAUUCCAAUGAAGGGGCGUGCGCUCUUCGAUCACAGAGAUUCGGAAGAUCAGGAAACUCAAAAGGAAGGGUCUUCCACUGGCUCCAACACCGAAUCAGUAAGUGCAGAGUUGAGUGUAGACAAGAGUUUGGGAGUUGAAGCUCAGAUUAGCCGAAAUCAAGAAGCAGGGAGGGAAUUAUUCUCCGUUAGAGCUAGCGUACCCUCUCUGUUUGAGCGAAGAGCAAAUUCCACGAAGCGUGUGAAGGGUUUUGUUCCUUAUAAGAGAUGUUUAGCUGAAAGGGGCAACAGUUCCUCAACAUUAACUGGAGAAGAAAGAGAAGAAAAGCGAACCCGGUUAUGCUUGUAGUUACUUUCUUAGUCUGUUUGUGUAGGUUAACACAUCCCUUUUGGUUCUGAUUAGAUAGCUUAUAUUAAUAUUAUAAUAUGAGUUGCCGGAUAAGUGGAUGAAGAGAAGCAACACCAUGGCAGCAAAGGCGUCUCUUCCCUCUAGCUUUGCUGAAUGGCAGAAGCAGUCUUCCUAAUUUUUCCCUCUCAAUUCUUCAAAUGUAUGUUGAUAAACUUUUUUCUUGCAAAUUCAUGUCAUUUCUUGCACUUUUGGCAGAUGAGCUAACGCUCUUGUUAAAGCUUA